ACAGAGCCAGGUGACACCUUGGUGGCCCAGGAAGCAUGCAGCUGUGGCACUGGGGGCCCUGAAGACUGUCUGGCUUGCAGGGAGGAAUGCUACGGUGGGCAGUGCACUUGGAAGGUGGGCCACGGAGGGUGAACCACGCGGCCGUGGCCGUCGGGCACAAGGUCUAUUCCUUUGGAGGCUAUUGCUCUGGAGAAGACUAUGAGACCCUGCGGCAGAUCGACGUCCACGUUUUUAACGCAGUGUCUCUGCGCUGGAUCAAGCUGCCUCCAGUGUGGACAAACAGCCGAGACCAUGUGAGAGAGGUGCCCUACAUGAGGUAUGGGCACUCAGCAGUGCUCAUAGAUGACACUGUCUACAUAUGGGGUGGCCGCAACGACACGGAGGGAGCCUGCAACGUGCUCUAUGCCUUUGAUGUCAACACGCACAAGUGGUUCACGCCAAAGGUGUCUGGAGUGGUCCCAGGAGCCCGCGAUGGGCACUCGGCUUGUGUCCUGGCAAAGAGCAUGUUCAUCUUCGGAGGCUACGAGCAGCUGGCUGACUGCUUUUCAAACGAUAUCCAUAAAUUGGACACCACAAACAUGAUGUGGACCCUAAUCUCUGCCAAGGGUACACCAGCUCGCUGGAGAGACUUCCAUUCAGCUACCAUCAUUGGAACAAAGAUGUACGUGUUUGGUGGCAGAGCUGAUCGUUUUGGGCCCUUUCACUCCAACAAUGAGAUCUACUGCAACCGCAUUAAAGUGUUUGAUACAGAAACCAACUCCUGGCUGGACUCCCCUCCCACUCCAGUGCUCCCUGAAGGCCGGCGGAGCCAUUCAGCAUUCAGCUACAAUGGGGAGCUCUAUGUGUUUGGUGGCUACAACGCACGCCUGAACAGGCACUUCCACGACCUCUGGAAAUUCAAUCCAGUUUCUCUUUCUUGGAGGAAGAUUGAGCCCAAGGGGAAGGGCCCGUGUCCUCGACGCCGGCAAUGCUGCUGCAGAGUGGGGGACAAAAUCAUUCUCUUUGGAGGCACCAGCCCGUCUCCAGAAGAGGGAAUGGGUGAUGAAUUUGACCUGAUGGAUCACUCGGAUCUCUACAUCCUCGACUUCAGCCCCAGUCUAAAGACACUGUGUAAGCUAGCAGUGAUUCAGUACAGCCUGGACCAGUCCUGCCUUCCCCAUGACAUCAGAUGGGAGCUCUCGGCCAUGACCACGAACAGCACCAUCAGCCGCCCCAUUGUCUCAUCCCAGGGCUGACACCAGCUCAUCCUUCUACCAACCUGCUCUCGCCCUUCCACACACUGACCUCUUCCUCCACUGCCUGCAUGAGUUUUUAAGCCUUCCAAGCAA